CGCUUAUUCCUAUUUUUAAAACUCAAAUCUUCUCCCCUGAUUCUCUCUAUUCGGAUACUGGUUUUGAAUCCCUCAAAUUGUCAUCAGGUUUGACAACAGCCGCGAAAUUCUAAAAUCGUUUCAGUUUGCACCCUGCAGAAGGUUUAACCACAUCAAUUAUAGCAGAAAUUUUUCACUGGAAACAAAAAUGUCCGGGGUAUCUCUUGCUGUAGCACCUAAUGAGGAGGUUGACAAAACCACAAGCACAGCCCAAAAGCCCCUGAAAAAUCAGCGGCAGGAGCAGUCAACAACUGUGGGCAGUGUCAUGGGAUCAUUGCGCGUAAUCGAACUCCAACUAGUUGCCUUCAUUAUGGUUUUCUCAGCCAGUGGACUCGUCCCACUCCUAGAUUUAGUGUUCCCCGCCUUUACAUCGGCUUAUCUACUAGCCCUCUCACGUUUGGUUUUCCCCGCACAUGGCAACGGUUCCUCGAGCACGCAGGAGAUCUUCCAAGGUAGCAAAUUUUUCAGGUUUUAUGUGAUUGUAGGAACCACAGUUGGGUUGUUCUUGCCACUGGCAUAUGUGUUGGGUGGGUUCGCGAGAGGCGAUGAGGAAGCAGUUCGCUCAGGCACACCUAACUUGUUCUUGCUCUCAUUUCAAAUACUAACUGAGAAUAUCAUAAGUGGAUUAUCAUUAUUUUCAGCACCAGUAAGGGCACUAGUUCCAUUGCUUUACACUGUCAGGAGGCUCUUUCUUAUCAUUGAUUGGAUAUCUGAUGUUUGGUUUAGCAAAACUCUGCCUGCCACUGUAGAAGUUAAGGACAUGGUGUGGUUUUGGUUUGGGAGGAUUCUUGCUGUUGCCAAUCUGGUGUAUUUCUCAACUAAUCUCUUUUGCGUCCUGAUUCCACAAUUCCUUCCUCGGGCUUUUGAGAAGUACUUUAGGGAGAGAGAUGAGAUUCAGGGAAAGCAUGCAGAGGAUAAACGUUCUACUGCUGCAAACAAAUCCAAACCAACAGAUGAAAAAACUGACUGAUUCUGUUUCGUUUUAUGGCGAUUUCAUUUGCUGCUUAUAAAAUCCUUGUUUUAGGCAAACAUUUUGGUUUGCUUUGCAAUGUAAAAAGCAGUGGAUUUUCCCUGUCAUUUCUAAAAUUCCAUUAAUCAUAAAAGUUCAC